AUGUGGGGCUGGGGAGAGGAGAAGAGUAUUGCUGCAGGACAGCAGAGCAUCGGCUUGGAAAGCAUUACCUUCCACCUGCGGGACCGAACGCCACGAAGUAACUUCGGCCUGCCCACCAGAGCCGCCGCCGAGAGGAAGAUGAUUAUUAAAAUAACACUAGGAAGUGCGGUUUUUGUUACUAAAGCAGCAGGAGAAGGUGAAAUCACAUUCUUCAUACCUGAAGUUACUAAUUCUUUUUUUCGGGACAUCCUAGGUGCUUUCACAGCAGACAUGUACAUGCGAGAAGGUAUCGGAAGGUUGAUGAAUGAUUUAAAAAGGUGUAAAGAACUCAGAUCUGUGUAUUUUGCACAUGAAGCUGCCAGAUUCGAGACACAACAGUAUCCUGGCCCAUAUGUGGGAAAUACUGGAGAUGCUAAUAGAGUAAAAGCAAUAAGGACAGGACUUCUUGAAACCACACUGUUGGCUUGCCGCCAGGCGUCUGCCUGCCUCUUCAGAAGGCGCUGCGGGAAAUCGGAUGACUUCAGUCUCAUUGAAAAGGACAGAGACAGAAGUGUUGAUAUGACCAGUUAUUGCACUGAAGUGCACCUGCUGCUGAGUAUUGCUGAAAAUUCCUCAUCCGACAGUUCAAAAGUUGUAUCCAGCUUCACUGUAACAAGUAAAAUUAUUGCUUAUGACAAAUGGGAUUGUAAAGUCAUUCAGAUGGAAGGGACCUCAGGUGUAGUCCACGCCCCUGCUCACAGCUGCCUUGAUGAAUAUGAAGAUGAUGAAGCAGGGCAGAAGGAGCGAAAGAAGGAGGAUGCUAUUACCCAACAGAAUACGAUACAAAAUGAGAGUUCCAGUGCAGAUACCCCUGGCUCAUACUUACUCCAGGACUCCUCCAGGAUGGUUUCAAGCAGGUAUAAAAGCACAGCUAAUGCACCAGAAGACGAUGGUCCAAAUAGAUAUUCCCGAACGGACAGGACAGCUUACAGCAGAUACAGCAGGGAUGCAAAUUCUUCUGGCAGUUCUGUACCAAGUAACACUUUGGAAAAGAGGAUUGAGGAACUUGAAAGGGAACUUGCAAAGGAGAGACAGGAAAAUGCAAGAUUAAUGAAGAUGACGCAGGACAAAGAGGAACUAAUUGGAAAGCUGAAGGAAGAAAUUGAUUUAUUAAACAGAGACCUAGAUGAUAUAGAAGAUGAAAAUGAACAAUUGAAGCAAGAAAAUAAAACCCUCUUAAAAGUUGUUGGACAGCUGACAAGGUAGAAGAUUCAAGCCUCAGUGAGGAAAGAUUUGAAAACUACUGAUUGAACAUUAAGGUCAAUAUAGUAAUACUUCCUGUGUUGCAGUAUGUUAUAAUAACUGUCUUUAUAUUUAUUGUUAGGAAACCAGAUGAAUGUUUAUUUUCAUAGUACUUUCUUCUUCACUCAAUGAAAUGGCAUCAAAUUUGGGGUAUAUUUUUAGCUUUCUUUUCACAUAACAAUAAUUAAAUUUUUUUACAUAUUUCAGAAAAUUAAGUUCAAAAAUAUUUGGGUUUUGUGUCUUCAGAUUACAUCUGGAUAAAUUACAGUAAUUUAAAAUUCAUAGCACCAAGAUCACUUUCAGUCCAUGUGGGUGUAUAUUUUUGAAAUGAAUGGAAGCAAUACAUAUAAGUUUUGUUUACACAGAUCCAAAAUAUAUAUUUUGGGAAAUAUUUCCUUUUUUGUUUAAACAGCUGUAACGUGGAUGCCUUAUUACUGAUGUAUAACAUUUUUCAGAUUGAUUACUUGCUCUACAACUCUUGUAUGUUGAGGUUUUUUACUGUAUCUGAAAGACUGACAGUAGUAGAGAGUAGCAAUUUUUUUUCUGUAUAACAGUAUUCUGGCAGGAGGAGGAGGUUUU